UUGAUUGUAAAGUUAUACAACAGUAAUAGAUACGAGGAGUUGCGUACGAGCAACCAAACCACAGACUGUAAAUUAAAAUGGUUAUAGUGCAGGUUUUGACUAGAGAAUUCAGGAACUAUUUGCCUUUAUUGAAACAAGUGAAUCGACAAACGUUCAAUAAUGCCAUCACCACAGUUAAUCUAAGGUCAUUGUCGGUAAAUCGACAUUUCUGCAGUAAACCAUCCGGUGACUACACAAAUGAAAGUAGUUUCAAAGUGUACUAUGGCAUCUUAACUCCACAAAUCCGAGCUGUGAAAGUAUUUUCUCUGGCCACUAGCAUAGGUGGUAUAGUGGCACAACCAAUUCUUCUAGAGCAAGCAAGCAAAAUCGGCGGAACACCGAUGAUUGUGGCCGUUUGUGGUUUUGCGGGAUUUUUUACUUUCAUCACACCGUUUUUGCUUCAUCUCAUCACAAAACGGUACGUAACAGAGCUACAUUACGAUGAAACUACGAAGGAAUACGCGGCUACAACAAUUAGUUUUCUGAUGCAACGGCAGCAGACUAAAUUCAAAUUGGACGAUGUUGUCGUGCCCGAAGUACCGGGAAUGUUCAGCACAUUCACAGUGAAGAAUAAGGGUCUGUUCGUCGAUCCGAAACUAUUUGCGGAUCCAACACAUUAUAUCAAGAUCAUGGGUUAUGACAAACCGAUCGAUUUUAAGUUUGAAGAGGCACGGCGGAAUGCACAGGAGAACAGUAGCAAGUGAUGUGGUAUUUGGAAGUUAAUAAACUGUUGUUGAAAAUA